GGUCCUCAGUCGAGUCGUGAAUAACACUGAAUAACGGUGUCGUGUGCGUGUUUUCUCUUCGCGCAGAGCGUUCUUCUGUUCCAUAAUAUUCCCACAUAUAAGAAACACAUCCAAUACACAGCCUAGUGAAGAAGGGUGAAGAAGAGUCCGUAUCACCGCAUCCGCACAGUUGUAGAGUGCUCGUUUUAAGUUUUUCGCAAUUGUUUGGUGCGUUCUGACGUGUAAUCAUAAGGAACACAAGAAGAUUUCAACGUGCGAUAGUGUGAUAAAUAAAUAUAUAUACAUAGGAAAAGAGUGUGCUUAUAGAGUGACUAACUCACUAGAAGAUUAUGAAAAUAUGAGUGCAUCGACGCCAACACAACAGUCCGGUCCACCGGUCCCUCCGGUGAAGCCGAUUCUCUCGUCGCCCGGUGCUUACCUGGCUAACUUCCAGUCGAAUCCACUAAAUUCCUCGGGUGCUGGGCCGGGAACGCCCGGAUCAACGGGUGCUGUCAGUACGGCACCAAUUACCGCAGGGAUCCACAGUAGCAACAAAACGCACGAGAAGCCAACGAUAGCGGCCCGCCCGAUACCCCCUCCUACGCUGCCAAAAUAUUCAUCCUCGUUCAACAAGAUCGACCGUGAUCGGAACGAGUUCACCAAGAUCGACAAAGCGGAGCGGGAGAAGCUCCAAUCAAAACGGGAAAUGUUCUUCAAAUCUGAAAGCAACAGUCCGUCGGGGCCGCCUCCCAAUCCCCCGGUGUCGAGCAAUCUCAAUCUUACAAACAACAACGUAGUGAAUAACAGCGCAUCGCAUCUAAACAAUGCAAAUUCCACCAGCGAUAGGCAUCCAAUUAACUCGCAUACUAACAACAGCACCAUCGGAGUUUCGUCUAACGUCACUAACAUGAACAACAACAUCAACAAUAAUAACAAUCACAACAGCAACAGCGCCACGAGCAACGGUACGAGCGUGAACGGGCUGGCCAACAGUUUAACCAAUAUUUCAUUAAAAGAGAAACGUGACGCUAUCCUGAAUGCCAACAAUCAUCACGAAUCGCUGCUGCAGAACAACGGACAUCACGAUUCGAACAAGAUCCUGAAUGAACGGCACGAGAAGGAGAAGCCUAUGGUGAAAUCGAAACCGAAGGAGCUCGAUGGGUACGUCGGAUUCGCCAACCUGCCCAAUCAGGUCUACCGGAAGGCGGUGAAGAAGGGGUUCGAGUUUACACUGAUGGUUGUUGGUGAAUCGGGACUCGGUAAAUCUACUCUGAUCAAUUCAAUGUUCUUGUCGGAUGUGUAUCAUCCCGAGCAACAUCCGGGCCCUUCCAAGCGAGUUAAGAAAACAGUGGCAGUCGAGUGCACUAAAGUAUUACUCAAGGAAAACGGUGUCAAUCUAACGCUGACCGUAGUUGACACACCCGGAUUCGGCGAUGCCGUAGACAACAGUAACUGCUGGAUUCCGGUCGUGGAUUUCGUGGAGAGCAAGUACGAGGAAUAUCUGACGGCGGAAUCGCGCGUCCACCGAACGGCCAUUCCCGACACGCGUGUCCACGUUUGUCUGUACUUCAUCGCUCCGUCCGGGCACGGAUUGAAACCACUCGACAUCGAGUUCAUGCAGCGGCUGUGUGAUAAGGUCAACAUCAUUCCUGUUAUUGCCAAAGCUGACACGCUUACACCAGAGGAAAUAACGCAGUUCAAGAAACAGAUCCUCAACGAAAUCGCCCAGCACAAGAUCAAGAUCUACGAUUUCCCCGAACCGUUGGACGAGGAGGAGGACGCUAAAACGCUGCGACAGUUGAGGAGUCGUGUUCCGUACGCGGUAGUUGGUGCUAAUGCUAUCAUCGAAAUCGAUGGUCGCAAAGUACGCGGUCGUCGGUAUCCAUGGGGUGUGGCCGAAGUUGAAAACCUAGAUCACUGUGAUUUCAUUGCACUGCGAAAUAUGGUUAUCCGGACCCAUCUGCAGGACCUGAAGGACGUGACCAACAAUGUGCACUACGAGAACUAUCGCUGUCGAAAGCUUGCCGGUUUGGGCAACGAUGGAAAGGCCAAAUUGAGCAACAACUUAUGCAAUAUUGGAACGAUUAACGCAAACUCAUUCGGUACUAGUGGAUGGAAUCCAUUGGCACAGAUGGAGGAAGAGAAACGUGAGCACGAGUCCAAAAUGAAAAAAAUGGAAGCGGAGAUGGAGCAGGUGUUCGAAAUGAAAGUCAAAGAAAAGAAGCAAAAGCUGAAGGAUUCAGAGGCCGAACUCACAAGAAGGCACGAAGAGAGGAAAAAGGCCCUGGAGCUUCAAAUCCGCGAAUUGGAAGACCGCCGGAAGGCGUUCGAGCACGAGAAGGCAGAAUGGGAACAGCAGAACGGAGUCACACUGGAGGAACUCCGGCGCAAGAGCCUCGAAGCAAACAGUAAAGAAACCGUGGACGGUAAAGAUAAAGGUAAGAAGAAGAAGGGUCUCUUUUAAAGCUAGACAAAAAGAGAGAGAGGAAAGGUGUGUGUUAUGUCCACAAACAAAAAAUCGAAACGAAACAAACCAAAUCUGCUUCCUCCUCUACCUACUACUACUACUACUACCGCUCGCCCCUCAUGAAUGAGUUCCGCUACGCGCGUUCGGAAGCAAUAAAAAAGACGACCCGGACACUUCUUCCGAAGUACACACCCACAACACUCAACUACUAUCCGCUGUUAGUUCUACUAGUACCACAGUUAAUGCUAUUACUACCACCACCAUCACCACAACAAACUACUACUACUACUUCUAAUGUAUUCUACUACUGCAAGCACUCGCUUCGGUUUGUAUACAAGAAUAUAAGUAAGCGGAAACAAAAAAAAACAUCCCGUACGUCGAAUUGUGUUAGGUUCAAGAGGUUUCGAAAUACACAGCAACAAACACACACACAUACAGCAGUACUCUAUUACAACAAUACGUGACCGAAAAAAAAGCACCGAAAAAAAAGCAAAAAACCCGCAGAAGAAAAAUUAGUUAUGUAAUUCUAGUACAUAUUAUACGGCGUAUAUAGAUACGAAAAAGGCACACAUCACCAGGCGCGUUCUGUUUCAGUCUCCCCGUGGGGGUGUGUUGUGUAGGCUAAUAAAGAUGUGAAAAAUUAUGGUAUUUGUGAAAGCGAGGACAAGAUGACGACGACGACGACGACGUCGAUGAAGGAUGCAGAUAUAGAGAUAAGAAGACGCGGAAAUUGAUUUAAUUUUUUUGUGGGCGCGCACUAUUCAGCAACAAGGUAUAACACAUAAAAAAAAAACAUACAAACAAACAAGAAGGCAAACAACAACAACAAUGUUUAAUCGUUACACGGAUGAUAAUGCCAUAUAUAUAGAUAUUUAGAGUAUGUAUAUUUAUUAAAUUAUUUUACUUUUUAAAAAGGUUUAUUUUUAUAAAAGGAAAGUUUUUUGGAACUUUUUUAUACACAUACACACACCCUGAAAGCGCCCCCGAAUAGAGUCAGAGUCACACAAACACAAGAAUACAACAGUGCUCCAAGCAGGUGGAUGAGUAUGGGCGGGAGAAUAUAACAAAUGAUCGAAAAAGCUCAGUUGAGAGUCCAGUGAAGGAUGGGUACGAGAUUAUUACCACUUUCACAUUUGCUCAAAAUAUUGCCUUAACUUAUCUAUUAGACGAGAGCCUAGGUUACUCGUGCUGUAUCAAGAAGUCGCCUUCAUUCAACUCGGUUCUGGGCUGUUUGUCGCUAGAAUUCCAGGCUUCUCAACACUCGCAAGUCACUUUCGUUCUGAUCGAGCAUUCGCGCGCGCUGAUUUGUGCUCCACUGUUUCUGGUGCCGGAGGGGUUUGUUAAAAAGAAGCUUUUUAACCGGAUUGUCGCUCGGCAUCCAUGCGACGUGUCUGGCCCACCGCAGUCUUCUUACUUUUGCCAGACAUGCAAUGAGGGUUUCUCCAAGCAGAGCAUGUAACUAAUGGUUCAUGCGUCUACGCCUCUAUCCGUGUUCGGUUUGUACUCCACCGUAUAUAGUUCGCAACACUUUUCACUCAAAGUCUGCAAGCGCAUUGCUGCUUUUGUACAGCUUCAACUUCGUGCGGUGGCGCACCCGAUUCGAUAUCAGGGUCUAUCGAAGUGAAAAGGAACGUGAAACAAUUUCCACCUUGGAUGCGUCUACGAAUUUCCUUCCUAGUAUUGUUUUCGUCGAUUACUAGCGAUCGCAAAUACACGAACUCGUCUACUACUUCAAGCUCGUCGCCAUCCACGAUUACCCGUGGUGGGAGGCUGACGUUAUUUUCUAUUAUUCAACAGUCCGAUACGUCGGGAUUCUGCUUUUAAUCUGAUGUGAAUGUCCUCCACCGUUGUAAAAUUCUGUGCUAUGACAUCAAAUUGUGCCACCGGUUUCGAUGCCCGCUUUUCGAUGUUGAAUAGCAAGCAUGAUAGUCCAUUCAUGAUAGUCCAAGUCUCUGUGCGACUCGAAGCGGUUAUAGAGUACCCCCUAGACACGCACGUAGCACAUUACACGGUUCAGAGUAGCCUUGAUCAGUCGUGUUAGUUUAUCGGGGAAAAUGUCCCGAUUCUUCUGCAUUGUUUGCCAUAGCUAUUCUCGAUAUGGUAAUCUGAAGUCAAUGAGAAUGCGGUGGAUGGCCACGUUAUAUUCCCGACAUUUUUCUAGAAUCUGUUAGAUUGAAAAGAUUUGGUUCGUGGUUUGGCAUCGCCAUUGAGAUGCUCGUCGAGCCUCCGUUCGUGAUCAGAUUUCCUUCCACAUCCUUGCAUCCUUGCGGUUUGCGGCACAUAGUCUCUGCGGGAUUGGUUUACCUUCUGCGUUGAAUUCUUCCAGCUGCUCAUGAUCACGAUCCUCCUGUUGGCGUUUCUUUCGUCUCAGAAUCGUGAUCAUGUCGUUCCGUGCCCGUCUGUGUUUGGUCAAGUUCUACCUCGUCCGGGCCCUCGGGUAGUUCGUCCUAGUAAAAUUUAUCACCGCCACCACUGCCUCGCAUUUGGUGCCUCCACUCUUCGUCACGGAUUCCCUGAUGGCUGUGCGAAUUCUACACCAACCACCUUCAAAAGGUGUUGCGUCUUACUCCUCUGUCGUUAGAAGUUCCGCGUCGAGUUGUUGCUCGUAGUCUUCUGUAGCUUGGGGCUUCCGUAGCUGUUUGAUGUUGAGCUGCUGGGAUCGGCUCUGUCGCAACUGAUAAACAGUCGACAGUUUUGAGCGCAUGCAAUAGUGGUUCGCUAGCGGAUAGUGGUCCGAGUUGAUGUCUGCACCUCGGUAGGCGCGUACGUUGGUGAUGUCUGAGAAAAACCGUCCGUGAUCAAUUAGGUUCGUUGGUCGAGUGAUCUCCAUGUGGCUUUAUGGAUGUUUUUUUGCGGAGGAGGUAGAUACUACGGACUACCAGUCCUCGGAAAGCUGCAAAGCUUACGCAUCGUUGGCCGUUGUCGUUCGUCUCGGUGUGCAGACUGUCAUGUCCGAUAACCGAUUUGUACAUGUCUUCCCUUCCGAUCUGAGCGUUGAUAUGCAGACAUACUCCAACUGUGCGUGAAGGGCUCUCAUCUCGACACCGGGGGCCUGAUCACGAACGUCAUUUCACGAUGAAAAAAAAUCCACGUUCAUUCGUUUCAUUCUUCACACGAAGCAAAGUGAAAAUUCCAACCGUCAUUUUGAAAGCGAAUCGAAACAUUCAUUUUCAGCAGUUUAUAUACAAAUGAUAGUUUCGUUGUUGUAUUCGAAAGGCUCUCACUGAAACUGACGAAAACGACGCGUCAAAUAUCAAAAUAUCAAUUAUCAAUCAGUUGUCGAUCCAGGCGGUGUGAUGGUAAGCGUGACUGCUAGACCCUUCUAAACCUCUUUUAAUACAAUAUUUUGGGAAGAAAGUUCGCGACAAUCAAUUUUGGUUGAACGAAACUUUCAAUUGAAUCGCAUGCGGAAUGGAACACGUCAAUGAAAACACAAAUCCUGGAUUGACAGGAUGAAACCAACGCGCCCUACACAGAUAAAUUGCUUGAGUUUAUGUUUGGUGUGGGUCAUAUCUGCGGCAAUAGUUUCCUACUCAGCCUUCAAUACAACGAGAUAGUGUAACAGGAGCAGACUGCAAAUUAUGUUGUUUCUCCACUGCGAGAUAAACACAGGCAAACAAAGGGUAAACACAGCAUACAGAACGAAAUGUACAGCAGCUAAGAAUAGUUCUUUUACUAUAAUAGCGGUCAAAAGAUCUUUCAAAAAACGAAAAUCAAGUACCGAAUCGUAAGCGAACAAAAAUUCCAUCGUACGUUUAAGACGACGACUAGUUUGCGCCGGCAAGCGCAAUUUUAUCAUCGGAGAUUUCAACAGAUAGUUUGCAGAAAAAAUAACAACUUUGAAAUAGUCAAAACUUUUAACGAAAGCCGAUAGAGACCGAGCUAGCUAGCUAGCUUAAAAUAGCAGGCGAUCGUGCAACAACAGAAGCAAUUUUUUUCCGAAUCGUAGCAAGUAAAAUAGGGAUAAUGAUCGCUAGAGUAUCUCGUUUUUAACUCGAAGCAGAAAUUUGAGACGCUUCGUCGUGUGUGUGAAUUGCUGAACUUUUUCUCUCUGCGCACGCGAUUCACCGAACGCAUACCCCGGACCAGAGAGGGAACCUUUCGUCGAUUCACCACGAACAAAAUACAACGAAAAAUAGGGCUUUUCGGGGGGUGACAUAAAAUUAGCUUCGAUCUAGUUUUCCAUGACAACUUCGAUGUCAAACUCAUUUCGUGCAAGCUUACUGUGCUAAACAAUUCUGUCUCAGCGCGCAUUCAAAUCCAACCGAUCUUGGGAUACUUUUAAUCAUUGAUCCAAUUCUGUUUACAAUCUAGACAGCGUCAGAAAACUCUUUAUUAAACCCUGUACAAAUCAUAAUCUAUAAAAUGAACGAUAAAAUAUCUCAAAAAAAAAACCUAAAUACUAGUAACUUUAAUGUAUCUAAUUGUAAGAGGGGAAAAAUGACAGAUUAUAUAUAUAUAUUUAAUAUCGACAGCGUGGGUAAACGCGAAAAAUAAAACUCCGCUCCCUCAUAAAAUUGUAAAAGAAACACACAGACACACGGGCGCGCCACAAACAUAAAUACAAAUAUAUUUAAAGGGCAAACGAAAAUUGAACAAAACGGUUAUCUUGAGACUGAUACACUAUAUAUUGCUCAAAAAAAUCACAAUUGCUCCUUUUUAGCCGGCUUUUAUUUGCGACAAAACGAAAACUGAAGAACAACAAUCGCAACAAGUCCAAACACAGUGAUAAAGUGUGCGACCGAACUUAGGUUGGCGGCUAACGAAUUUUAAAUUAGAAAAGACACAGACACACCCGCACGCACACAUACACACAUGCACACACAGUAGCAGAUCGAAAUCAUUCCUACGCGCGAUGUUUUCGGCACUCGUGGUAUUAUUUUCAUAGUGUGUUGUUUACGAGGGGCCACACAGAGGUGAAAGUGCAAAGGUUCGCCCCUUAUUUUUCUAUUGAAAUGUAAGUUUUUUAAAGUGUUUUGCCGAAGAAAGCUUUCUUUUUCGCACAAACACGCCGAAUUAGAGGUGAAAAACAAAACAACAACAACAAAAAACAGAUGAAAAAGAUAUAACUAGUAAAAACAAAACAAACGAGUAUAGGUAUCAGUCUAUAGCUUGUAAGACAGAAAUUAACAGACAAAAAAAGAAGAAGAAGAAGUACACCCACAACACUCUAUUCAAUUUAUCUCGACUGUUGCGAUGACGACGACUCUGAACGGUCGAUUUAACUUCAACAUCAACAACAACAACAACAAAACAAAAAUCAUUCAAAAAAACAAAAAAAAAAGUUCAAAUAAAUUUGAAAUGCUUGAAUCUUC